UCGACGUGCUGCCACCUCUAAUCUGCAUCCGAGCAAGUCGUCACUUGUUUUCUUUUCUAUUCCGUCUUUUUAAACUUGAACCGACACGAACUAACAAUUAACAGGAACAUCGGCAAGUGCAAGCGACGCGACGCCAUUUUGCGAGCCAAAACCCCAGUAGGUCUUGAUUUCCCGCUAGUUGACGGAACGCGCGGCAAAAAGCGAAGACCCAGAUCCUCGCAAGCUUCUACGAAAAACAAACGUCGCGAUGAGUGCGCAGCCAAGCCCGCUCAUGAAUCCCCAGCAGCAGCAGCAGAGCGAGCAGGAGAAGGUCUACCAGUGGAUCAACGAGCUGGCCCACCCGGACACCCGUGAGACCGCUCUGCUGGAGCUGAGCAAGAAGCGCGAGACCGACCUGGCACCCAUGCUGUGGAACAGCUUCGGGACCGCCUGCGCCCUGCUCCAGGAGAUCGUCAACAUAUACCCCUCGAUAACGCCGCCCACACUGACGGCCCACCAGUCCAACCGCGUAUGCAACGCGCUGGCCCUGCUGCAGUGCGUCGCCUCGCAUCCGGAGACGCGCACGGCCUUUCUGCAGGCCCAGAUACCGCUGUACUUGUACCCCUUUCUGUCGACCACUUCGAAGACCAGGCCCUUCGAGUACCUGCGUCUGACCAGUCUGGGUGUCAUUGGAGCGCUGGUCAAGACCGACGAACAGGAGGUGAUCACCUUCCUGCUGACCACUGAGAUCGUGCCUCUCUGUCUAAGCAUCAUGGACAGCGGCUCGGAGCUGAGCAAGACCGUGGCCACUUUCAUCAUCCAGAAGAUACUGCUCGACGAGUCCGGCCUGUCGUACAUCUGCCAGACCUACGAACGCUUUUCGCACGUGGCCAUCACUCUGGGCAAAAUGGUAAUCCAGUUGUCGAAGGAUCCCUGCGCCCGUCUGCUCAAGCAUGUGGUGCGUUGCUAUCUGCGCCUCUCGGACAACACUCGCGCUCGCAAAGCCUUGGGCCAGUGUCUGCCGGACCAACUGCGUGACGGCACCUUCGCACUGUGCCUGCAGGACGACAAGUCCACCAAGCAAUGGCUGCAGAUGCUGCUCAAGAACCUGGAGCUGGGCGCCACCCCGCAACAGAUCGGCAUGUCGCCGCUGGGCACCUAGACAGCCAAGGCACGGAAGCGCCUGCACCCGCGCCCUUUCAGUAUUGCUUAGGCGUCUGCCAGGGCCCGGCAUCCAACAAUACAACGUACAAGCGACCUUGCAAGCGCCAACGAUGAGUGAGCUCCGUCUGCUGGUAACUGCUCUACCGAAUAAUAUACUUAAUAAGCUUGCACGCGAUUGCCUGUGUAACCUAAGCAGAGCUGUAAUAUAAUUAUACAUAUGUACCGAUAAAAUAAUGUUUAUGAUAAGUUUGUCACUGAUAGCAAAUAAAGAACCUCAAGCAGACGAUGUAUUUAAAAAUAAAG